CCCCUCUGCUGCGGAAUGGUUUCCGCCGGGAACCACGCCCAGCGGACCGGAAUUGGGAGCGGAAGUGCAGCGCGUUCAGUGACGAUUGUCUUAGCCCGCGAAUUCCGAACCGGCUGAGGGCGGCGGAGACGCGGUGGCGGUGCCUUGGCUGAACUGGGGUAGAUUCCUGGGGACCCCCGGCGGCGGAAGGCUGUCCGCGGAGAAAAGGCUUCCCGUGGAGAACACUGGCAUGUCCCAGCGCCGCGGGCUGGCAUCACUUACCUGCAGUGGCUGAGAUCCCGAGAUGUUCCGAGGGGGUUUUGUCUCCCACACUCACACAACCUGCGUCUCGGCCAACCUCUGUGCCCUCCUGAGAACAGGCCAGCAUGCCCAAGAUAGCUCUGAAUGGUGUGACAGUGGAUUUCCCUUUCCAGCCAUACAGAUGCCAGGAGGAGUACAUGGGCAAGGUCCUGGAGUGUCUGCAGAAGAAAGUAAACGGCAUCCUGGAGAGCCCCACCGGCACGGGAAAGACGUUGUGCCUCCUGUGCACCACGCUGGCCUGGCGGGAGCACCUCCGCGACGCCAUCUCUGCCCGCAAGAUUGCCGAGAGGGCGCAAGGGGAGCUUUUCCCCGAUCGCACCUUGUCAUCCUGGGGACUUGCGACUUCAGAUGGAGACACCACAGCUUGCUACACGGACAUCCCGAAGAUCAUUUAUGCCUCCAGGACCCACUCACAGCUCACUCAGGUCAUCAGUGAGCUUCGGAACACCUCCUAUCGGCCUAGGGUAUGUGUGCUGGGCUCCCGGGAACAGCUGUGUAUCCACCCCGAGGUGAAGAAGCAGGAAAGUAACCACAUGCAGAUUCAUUUGUGCCGAAAGAAGGUAGCAAGUCGUUCCUGUCAUUUCUACAACAAUGUAGAAGAGAAGAGCCUGCAGCGGGAGCUGGCUACCCCGAUCCUGGACAUCGAGGACCUGGUCAGAAGUGGGAGUAAGCACAGACUGUGCCCAUACUACCUUUCUCGGAACCUGAAGCAGCAGGCUGACAUCAUCUUCAUGCCUUACAACUACUUGUUGGACGCCAAGAGUCGCCGGGCACACGGCAUUGACCUGAAGGGGACAGUUGUGAUUUUCGACGAAGCUCACAAUGUGGAGAAGAUGUGCGAGGAGACGGCGUCCUUUGACCUGACUCCGCAUGACUUGGCUUCUGGACUGGACGUCAUCGACCAGGUUCUGGAGGAGCAGACCAAGGCGGCACAGCAGGACGGGCUCCGCUUGGAGUUCAGUGCGGACUCUUCCAACUCAGGGCUGCACAUGGAGCUGGAAGACAUUGCAAAGCUUAAGAUGAUCCUGCUUCGCCUGGAGGGGGCCAUCGAUGCUGUCCAGCUGCCUGGGGACCACAGCGGUGUCACCAAGCCAGGGAGCUACAUCUUCGAGCUGUUUGCCGAGGCGCAGAUAACGUUUCAGACCAAAGGCUGCAUCCUCGACUCCCUGGACCAGAUCAUCCAGCACCUGGCAGGACGUACAGGGCUAUUCACCAACACAGCGGGCUUGCAGAAGCUCUCGGACAUCAUCCAGAUUGUGUUCAGUGCAGACCCCGCUGAGGGCACACCCGGUUCCAUGGUGGGGCUUGGGGUCUCUCAGUCCUACAAGGUACAUAUCCAUCCUGAUGCCGGUCACCAGAGGAAGGCUCAGCGGUCAGAUGCCUGGAACACCACAGCAGCCAGAAAGCGAGGGAAGGUGCUGAGCUACUGGUGCUUCAGUCCCGGCCACAGCAUGCAAGAGCUGGUCCGCCAGGGCGUCCGCACCAUCAUCCUCACCAGCGGCACACUGGCUCCUGUGUCCUCCUUUGCCCUGGAGAUGCAGAUCCCUUUCCCCGUCUGCCUAGAGAACCCACACGUCAUCGACAAACAGCAGAUCUGGGUGGGGAUUGUCCCCAAAGGCCCCGAUGGAGCCCAGCUGAGCUCUGCCUUUGACAAACGGUUUUCUGAUGCAUGCUUGUCCUCCUUGGGUAAGGCACUAGGCAACAUCGCCCGCGUGGUCCCCCACGGGCUCCUGGUCUUCUUCCCUUCCUACCCCGUCAUGGAGAAAAGCCUGGAGUUCUGGCGGGCCCAUGACUUCGCCAGGAAGCUGGAGGCCCUGAAGCCUGUGUUUGUGGAGCCAAGGAGCAAAGGUGGCUUCUCAGAGGUGGUGGACGCCUACUAUACACGAGUCGCCUCCCCUGGGUCUAGUGGGGCCUCUUUCCUGGCCGUGUGCCGGGGGAAGGCCAGCGAGGGCCUGGACUUCGCGGACAUGAACGGCCGAGGUGUGAUUGUCACGGGCCUGCCGUACCCUCCACGGAUGGACCCCCGGGUUGUCCUCAAGAUGCAGUUCCUAGACGAGUUGAAGGGCCGUAGUGGGCCUGGAGGCCAGCUCCUCUCUGGGCACGAGUGGUACCGGCAGCAGGCGUCCAGGGCUGUGAACCAGGCCAUCGGACGGGUGAUCCGGCAUCGCCAGGACUACGGGGCUGUCUUCUUGUGUGACCACAGGUUCACCCAUGCGGACGCCAGAGCCCAGCUGCCUUCCUGGGUACGCCCCCACGUCAAGGUGUAUGACAGCUUUGGCCAUGUCAUUCGGGAUGUGGCCCAGUUUUUCCGUGUUGCUCAGAAAACUAUGCCCGUGCCAGCCCCCCUGGUUGCUGCCCCAAGUGUGGCUGAGGGAGAAGGUGCUGUCUUGGUGGCUGUGUCGCCUGGCCUCCUCUCCACCAGGAAAGCCAAGAGUCUGGACGUGCAUGUCCCCAGCCUGAGGUGGAGACCUGCAGGAUCGCCAGCCAUCAGGGACGCCGAGAGCAGCCUGUGUGUGGAGUAUGGGCAGGAGCCAGGCCUCACCCAGCGGAGGCCUGUGGGACUGCUGGCCGCCCUCGAGCACAAUGAGCAGCUGGCCGGGGGACCUGGGCACAAGGCCUCCCCUGGGGAGGAGGAGGCACAAGGCCUCUCCACCGUGUCUCUCCCACGUGAGAAGAGGCGUGCCCAGGAGCAGAGAGCAGGGCGGAGGAAGAUCAGGGUGGUCGGUGGUCGCCAGGAGGGGCCGGCCGCCGGGACACAGGUGGGCAGGGCCAAGCUGUUCAUGGUGGCCGUGAAGCAGGCGCUGAGCCAGGCCAGCUUCGACACCUUCACCAGGGCCCUGCAGGACUACAAGGGCUCCGACGACCUGGAGGCUUUGCUGGGCUGCCUCGGCCCACUCUUUGCUGAGGACCCCAAGAAACACAGCCUGCUCCAAGGCUUCUACCAGUUCGUGCGGCCGCACCACAAGCAGCGGUUUGAGGAGGUCUGCCUGCAGCGGACGGGCCGCGGCUGCGGCUUCUGGCCCGAGCACAGCCUUCCUCAGAGGCAGUGGGCACCAGCAGCCGAGGCCCCCAGUGGAGAGGAGUGGGACUCAAAGCUGACCCUGUCCCAGGGUGCAGCCAGGCAGCUGGACCCCGGACAGCACCUGAACCAAGGCAGACCCCACCUGGUCUCCGGGCCAGCCCCUGCAGGAGAGCCCAGCAGUUGUCCCAAGGAGGGGUGCAGAGCCCCCGGCGCAGAGAAGCAAGGCCAGCCUGCUGUGAGCGCCUACUUGGCGGAUGUCCGAAAUGCCCUGGGGUCCGCAGGCUGCAGCCAGCUCCUGGCGGCACUGACCGCCUACAAACAGGACGAUGACUUCGAGAAGGUGGUGGCCGUGGUGGCCGCACUCACAACCUCAAAGCCUGAGGACUUGCCCCUGUUGCAGAGGUUUGGCAUGUUCUUGCGACCCCACCACAAGCGGCGUUUCCGGCAGACGUGCACAGACCUGAUGGGCCCGGCUGCCCGGAGCACAGGUACUGGGCCGCCAGGCCCCCAGGAGGGGAGCCCCACUGUGCCUCCCGACCUCGCACACGGUGCUUCCAGGCCAGGGCCCCCCCAGCAAGAGACACCCCGGAGGACCCAGAGCAGGCUGUCGGCCUGCCUUACCCGGAGGCAGGCUGGGGAUGGCGGGGCUCCCAGUCAGCCCCCCAGCGCCACCCGCAGGCACGCCCCGUCCGAGUCGGGUAGGUCUCGGGAGGGGCCACAGGCAGUGGUGGCCGCGGGGUGGACGAGCUGCGGCAUGCUCACAGCGGCCCCCUCGCAGCAGGCUUGGCGUGCCCUGGCUGCAGGGCAGAGGACACGGUCCCCUUCCAGUGCCCCUCCUGCGACUUCCAGCGCUGCCGGGCCUGCUGGUGCCAGUUCCUCCAGGCUUCUAGAACAUGCCCGGCCUGCCAUGCCCCUGCCAGGAAGCAGAGCAUCACGCAGGUCUUCUGGCCAGAGCCCCAGUGAGCAUGGCAACCCUGGGGCAGGCUGACACCGCGUGGACACGGGUCUCCCUGAGGGGUCUG